GCUGUUUAAACCUGCAGGACCCGGAGCAGGGACCUAAAGCCCCUUCUACAGCCCCAACCUCCAGGACCCUCACCCCGCCUCUGCAGCCGCCUAGGAGCGACUGUUCCGGACUCAGCUGCGCGUCCCCCCGGAGGAACUAGCCCUCUUUACACUGGACAAAGUUCUCCUCUGUCAGUCGGACCGGGCUCAGGAGGAUCCGGACCGAAGAGAGAGGGUUUCUGUCGGAGGUCUCAGAGGAAGACAUGGAUUAAUUAACGGAUCUACAGCUGAUUCUGAAUUCACAGUCCAGCAGGGGCUCAUGACCCUGGACUAACUCCCACCCCGAGGUAGAGUUCCUGGUUCUGGUUCCCCGGCACCAUGAUGGCUAACAGCGGCUUCCUGGAGCCCCCGCUGCCUUCCCAGUUCUUCCCGGGCCUGACGGCCGAGGAGGAGGAGGACCUGCCGGCCACGGAGAAGGACCUGGCGGAGGACGCUCCCUGGAAGAAGAUCCAGCAGAACACCUUCACACGCUGGUGCAACGAGCACUUGAAGGUGGUCAACAAGCGCAUGCUGGACCUGCAGAAGGACAUGAGCGACGGGCUGAAGCUCAUCGGGCUGCUGGAGGUCCUGAGCCAGAAGAAGAUGUACAGGAAGUACCACCUGAGGCCCAACUUCAGGCAGAUGAAGCUGGAGAACGUGUCCGUGGCGCUGGAGUUCCUGGAGAGGGAGCACAUCCGCCUGGUGUCCAUCGACUCAAAGGCCAUCGUGGACGGGAACCUGAAGCUGAUCCUGGGCCUGAUCUGGACACUGAUCCUGCACUACUCCAUCUCCAUGCCCAUGUGGGAGGACGAGGACGACGAGGACGCCAAGAAGCUGACGCCCAAGCAGCGCCUGCUGGGCUGGAUCCAGAACAAGGUUCCCCAGCUGCCCAUCACCAACUUCCACCGGGACUGGAGGGACGGCAAGGCGCUGGGGGCUCUGGUGGACAACUGCGCCCCGGGUCUGUGUCCGGACUGGGAAAACUGGGAUCCCAGUCAGCCGGUGGAGAAUGCCAGGGAGGCCAUGCAGCAGGCUGACGACUGGCUGGGAGUGCCUCAGGUGAUCGCUCCGGAGGAGAUCGUGGACCCGAACGUGGACGAACACUCGGUGAUGACCUACCUUUCCCAGUUCCCCAAAUCCAAACUGAAGCCUGGCGCCCCCCUGAGGGCCAAGACGCUGCACCCCAAGAGGGCCAAGGCCUACGGACCGGGUCUGGAGCCCCGCGGUAACAUAGUCCUGAAGCCGGCCGAGUUCCUGGUGGAGACGGUGGAGGCCGGCCUCGGGGAGAUCCUGGUUUACGUAGAGGACCCUGAAGGCCACACUGAGGAGGCCCGAGUGAUCCCCAAUAACGACAAGAGCAGAAGCUACUCGGUGGUCUACCUGCCCAAAGUGGAAGGGCUUCAUAAAGUGAAGGUGCUGUUUGCGGGGCAGGACAUCGACCGCAGUCCCUUCAUGGUGAACGUCUCGAAGGCGAUGGGCGACCCAAGCCGAGUUCAGGCCCGCGGGCCGGGACUGCAGCCGACCGGGAACGUGGCCAACAAACCCACGUACUUCGACAUUUACACCGCAGGCGCCGGUGCCGGAGACGUGGGCGUCAUCAUCGUGGACUCAAUCGGCCGCCGGGACACGGUGGAGAUCGUGCUGGAGAACAAGGGGGACAGCAUUUUCCGUUGCACCUUCGUUCCCGUCCUGGAGGGGGCGCACACCGUCUACGUGACCUUCGCUGGGCAGCAGAUUCCCAGGAGCCCGUUCACCGUGAACAUCUCCGAGCUUUCACAGCGAUCCCCCCCCACUGGGUCUCCGGUGCAGACUUUGCCUCAACCUGCCUGCAACCCCCCCUCAGACCGGACCCGGAGAGCCCCCCCUCCAACGCCGCCUCGAUCCAGGCGACCAACCUGUAACCCGAACUCCUGCCGGGCGUCAGGUCGCGGUCUGCAGCCGAAGGGUCUGCGGGUCAAAGAAGUGGCCGAUUUCAAAGUCUACACGAAAGGAGCCGGCAGCGGCGAGCUCGUCGUCACCGUGAAGGGACCGAAGGGCCUGGAGGCGCCGGUGAAGGUGCUGGAGAUCGAGAGCGGGGUUUUCGAGUGUAAUUACUACCCCAUUCUGACUGGGAAAUACACCGUGACCGUCACCUGGGGGGGGCACGGCAUCCCACGCAGUCCGUACGAGGUCCAGGUGAGCGAGGAGGCGGGGCCUCAGAAGGUGCGGGCCUGGGGUCCGGGUCUGGAGACGGGUUUGGUCGGGAAGAGUGCCGACUUUGUAGUGGAGGCCAUCGGCACGGAGGUGGGAACCCUCGGUUUCUCCAUCGAGGGUCCGUCUCAGGCGAAGAUCGAGUGCGACGAUAAAGGCGACGGGUCAUGUGACGUCCGGUACUGGCCCACGGAGCCCGGAGAUUACGCCGUCCAUGUGAUCUGUGACGACGAGGACAUCAAGGACAGUCCCUUCAUGGCCCACAUCCUCCCCGCCAACAACGAGGUCUACCCGGAAAACGUGAAGUGUUACGGUCCCGGUCUGGAGCCUCUUGGCUGCAUCGUGAACAAACCUGCAGACUUCACCAUCGACACCAGCGGUGCCGGACGAGGAGAGCUGAAGCUGUACGCUCAGGACGCAGAAGGUUUCCCCAUCGACAUACAGAUCACAGACCGAGGAGACAGCACCUUCUUCUGCGUGUACAUUCCCACCAAACCCAUCAAACACACCAUCAUCAUCACCUGGGGGGAGGUCAACGUGCCCAACAGCCCCUUCAGGGUGACGAUUGGAGAAGGAAGCCACCCGGAGAACGUGAAGGUGUACGGCCCCGGUGUAGAGAAAACCGGACUGAAGGCCAACGAGCCGACGUACUUCACCGUGGACUGCAGCGACGCCGGACAGGGCGACGUCAGCAUCGGGAUAAAGUGCGCUCCGGGCGUGGUCGGUCCAGCGGAGGCCGACAUAGACUUCGACAUCAUCAAAAACGACAACGACACGUUCACGGUGAAGUACACGCCGCCCGGCGCCGGGCAGUACACCAUCAUGGUGCUGUUCGCUGAUCAGGAAAUACCCGUCAGCCCCUUCAGAAUAAAAGUGGAUCCCUCCCAUGAUGCAGCUAAAGUGAGAGCAGAAGGACCCGGACUCAGCAAGACAGGAGUGGAGGUUGGGAAACCGACUCACUUCACCAUCUUCACUAAGGGAGCCGGUAAAGCCAGACCGGAGGUGCAUUUCACCGGCUCGGCUAAAGGAGACGCCGUCAGAGACUUCGAGAUCAUCGACAACCACGACUACUCCUACACCGUCCGCUACACCGCCAUACAGCAGGGGAACAUGUCCAUCACAGUGUGUCAUGGAGGAGACCCCAUCCCUAAAAGUCCCUUCAACAUCAGCGUGGCCCCCCCGCUGGACCUCAACAAGGUCAAGGUUCAGGGUUUGAACAACAAGGUGGAUGUGGGGAAGGAUGAGGAGUUCACCAUCAGUGCUCGUGAGGCGGGAGGUCAGGGUAAACUGGACGUGAAGAUCACCUCGCCGUCACGCCGUCCAAUCCCCUGCAAACUGGAGUCGGGCUCGGCCAAUGAUCUGCACACGGUGAAGUACAUCCCCCCCGAGGAGGGACAGUACCGGGUGGACAUCACCUACGACGGGAACCCCGUUCCUGGGAGUCCAUUCACUGUGGAAGGCGUCAUGCCACCGGACCCUUCGAAGGUCCGAGCGUACGGUCCGGGUCUUCAGGGUGGGGUUGUGGGUAAACCAGCACCCUUCGCCAUCGACACAAAGGGAGCCGGUACCGGUGGUCUGGGUCUGACGGUGGAGGGUCCCUGCGAGGCCAAGAUAGAGUGCCAGGACAACGGAGACGGAUCCUGCUCCGUGUCCUACCUGCCCACCGAGCCUGGAGAGUACGCCAUCAACAUCCUGUUCGCGGACCAGCACAUCCCCGGAUCCCCGUUCAAGGCGGCGGUGCAGGCGGCCUUCGACCCCAGCCAGGUAACGGCGAGCGGGCCGGGCCUGGAGCGAGGGAAGGUCAACGAGGACGGGUCCUUCACGGUGGACUGCUCCAAAGCCGGCGAGGAGGAGCUCACCAUCGAGAUCAUCUCUGACUCGGGGGCCAAGGCCGAGGUCCACGUGCAGAACAACGGAGACGGGACGUACUCCAUCACCUACAUCGCACAGAGCCCUGGCAUGUACACCAUCAUCAUCAAGUACGGAGGCCACACCGUGCCCAAGUUCCCCGCCCGGCUGCAGGUGGAGCCGGCCGUCGACACCAGCGGAGUGAAGGUCCACGGGCCGGGGGUGGAGCCCCGAGGCGUCCUGAGGGAAGUGACCACGCACUUCACGGUGGACGCCCGGGUGCACAUUAAGAGCGGCGGCAGCCACGUGAAGGUCAGCAUCUCCAACCCGUCCGGCAGCAACACCGACGCCUACCUCACAGACCGGGGAGAUGGCUGUUACCGGGCGGAGUACACGCCAUACGAGGACGGUCUGCAUCUGAUCGAGGUUCUGUUUGAUGGAGUCUCAGUGCCUAAGAGUCCCUUCAGGGUGUCGGUGACAGAGGGCUGCGACCCGAGCCGGGUUCGAGCGUACGGGCCGGGCCUGGAGGGGGGGCUGGUGAACAAACCCAACCGCUUCACCGUUGAGACCAGAGGGGCCGGCACUGGGGGGCUGGGCCUCGCCAUCGAGGGUCCUUCUGAAGCCAAGAUGUCGUGCAAAGACAACAAAGAUGGCAGCUGCAGCGUAGAGUACAUCCCCUUCACCGUGGGGGAGUACGACGUCAACAUCACCUUCGGAGGCCUGCCCAUCCCUGGGAGUCCGUUUAGGGUCCCGGUGCGCGAGCUGGUGGAUCCCAGUAAAGUGAAGUGUUCAGGGCCCGGGUUGGGGAGCGGGGUCCGAUCCCACGUCCCUCAGACCUUCACUGUGGACAGCAGUAAGGCCGGGGUGGCCCCUCUCGAGGUUCUGCUGUACGGACCCACAGGUGUGGUCGAGCCAAUCUGCAUCAAGGAUAACGGUGACGGGACGCACACGGUGAACUACACCCCGACCAACGACGGCCCGUACACCGUGUGCGUGAAGUACGCCGACCAGGAGGUUCCUCGCAGUCCCUUUAAGAUCAAGACGCUGCCGGCUCAUGAUGCUAGCAAGGUGCGAGCCAGCGGUCCGGGUCUGAACUCCACUGGAGUCCCCGCCAGUUUACCGGUGGAGUUCACCAUCGACGCCCGGGACGCCGGGGAGGGACUGCUCACCGUCCAGAUACUGGAUCCGCAGGGGAAACCGAAGAAGGCGAAUAUCCGUGAUAACCGCGACGGCACGUACACGGUGUCGUACGUCCCAGACAUGGCGGGCCGCUACACCAUCACCAUCAAGUACGGUGGCGACGAGAUCCCGUACUCUCCGUACCGAAUCCACGCGUUGCCAACCGGAGACGCCUCCAAGUGCCUGGUCACAGUUUCUAUUGGAGGACACGGACUGGGAUCAGGUAUCGGCCCCACCAUCCAGAUCGGGGAGGAGACCGUCAUCACUGUGGACGCAAAGCAUGCUGGGAAAGGUAAAGUGACGUGUAAGGUGUCGACCCCAGACGGGGCGGAGCUGGACGUGGACGUCGUGGAAAACGCUGACGGUACGUUCGACAUCUACUACACGGCGCCGCAGCCAGGGAAGUACGUCAUCACCAUCCGCUUCGGGGAGAACAUCCCCAACAGCCCCUUCCACGUCGUGGCGUGUGGCCCCGCCCCACUAACAGAGGAGCUGUGUGAUUCGCUGCAGUUACAGCAGCCCUACCCUCCCUUUGUGGGCUUCAGCCCCCCAUGGGCCACCGAUGACCCGGUCAGCCCCGGGGAGUCCAUGGAUCCGAUGCUGCGCCCCUUCAGCCUGGUCAUCCCCUUCACCGUGCAGAAAGGAGAGAUCACUGGAGAGGUGCGGAUGCCGUCCGGUCGUACCGCCUGUCCUCACAUCACCGACAACAAGGACGGCACGGUGACGGUGAAGUACUCCCCGACAGAGAGGGGUCUGCACGAGAUGGACAUCAAGUACGAUGGAAACCACAUCCCAGGAAGUCCCCUCCAGUUCUACGUAGACGCCAUAAAUAGCGGCCAUGUGACGGCGUUCGGGCCCGGGCUGACGCACGGCACCAUGAGCAGACCGGCGACUUUCACCAUCGUGACCAAAGAUGCCGGAGAAGGAGGUCUGUCUCUGGCUGUCGAGGGUCCGUCCAAAGCAGAGAUCAGCUGUCAGGACAAUAAGGACGGUACCUGCACCGUGUCCUACCUGCCCACUGUCCCCGGGGACUACAACAUCAUCGUCAAGUUUGACGACAAACACAUCCCCGGCAGCCCCUUCACCGCUAAGAUCACUGGCGAUGACUCCAUGAGGAUGUCUCAGCUGAACGUGGGCACGGCGUCAGAUGUUUCCCUGAAGAUCACGGAGACCGACCUCAGCAGUCUGACGGCGAGCAUCCGGGCGCCGUCCGGACACGAAGAGCCGUGCGUCCUGAAGAGGCUUCCCAACAGACACAUCGGGAUCUCGUUCACGCCGAAGGAAGUGGGCGAGCACGUGGUGAGCGUGAAGAAGAGCGGGAAACACGUGACCAACAGUCCGUUCAAGAUCAUGGUCGGACAGUCGGAGAUCGGAGAUGCCAGCAAGGUGAAGGUGUUCGGGGAGGGGCUGAUGGAGGGUCAAACCUUCGAGAUGGCCGAGUUUAUCGUGGACACCAGGAACGCCGGUUACGGGGGUCUGGGUCUGUCCAUCGAGGGUCCCAGUAAAGUGGACAUUAACUGUGAGGACGUGGAGGACGGGACGUGCAAAGUCACCUACUGUCCCACCGAGCCCGGGAACUACAUCAUCAACAUCAAGUUCGCCGACCAACACGUGCCAGGAAGUCCGUUCACCGUGAAGGUGUUCGGGGAGGGCCGGAUGAAGGAGAGCAUCACAAGGAAGCGCCAGGCGCCGUCCAUCGCCACCGUGGGCAGCACCUGCGACCUGAACCUGAAGAUACCAGGGAACUGGUUCCACAUGGUGUCGGCUCAGGAGCGUCUGACCCGGACCUUCACCCGGAGCAGCCACACCUACACCCGGACCGAGAGGACCGAGAUCAGCAAAACCCGGGCGGGGGAAACCAAGAGGGAGGUGAGGGUGGAGGAGAGCACCCAGGUGGGAGACCCGUACCGGGACAUGUUCGGAGACUUCAUGGGGAGGGAGAGUCUGAGCGGAUUCAACAGCAGCCGCCCAGCACAGCUGCAGGACGGUGAAGCCAGUAACCAGGAGAUGACGGCUCAGGUGACUAGUCCUGGAGGAAAGACGGAGGAUGCAGAGAUCAUCCGGGGGGAGGACAGCGCCUACAGCGUUCGCUUCAUCCCGCAGGAGAUGGGCGCUCACACCGUUAACGUGAAGUACCGGGGCCAGCACGUCCCCGGGAGCCCCUUCCAAUUCACCGUGGGGCCACUGGGUGAGGGCGGGGCCCACAAGGUCCGGGCGGGGGGCACCGGGCUGGACCGAGGAGUGGCCGGGACCCCAGCUGAGUUCAGUAUCUGGACCCGAGAGGCCGGAGCUGGAGGUCUGUCCAUCGCUGUGGAGGGUCCGAGCAAAGCGGAGAUCACCUUCGAGGACAGGAAGGACGGAUCCUGCGGCGUGGCAUACGUGGUUCAGGAACCCGGUGACUAUGAGGUCUCCAUUAAGUUUAACGACGAACACAUCCCAGACUCUCCGUUCAUCGUCCCGAUCGCCACGCUGUCAGACGAUGCUCGCCGCCUCAGCAUCACCAGCCUUCAGGAGAUGGGUCUGAAGGUGGGUCAGGAGGCGUCCUUCGCUGUGCAGCUGAACGGAGCCAGAGGCCUGAUCGACGCUAAGAUCCACACCCCGUCCGGAGCCAUCGAGGAGUGCUUCAUCACGGAACUGGACAACGACCAGCACGCCAUCCGGUUCAUCCCGAGGGAAAACGGAGUUCAUUCUAUCGACGUUCGUUUCAACGGCAGCCACGUUCCCGGCAGUCCGUUUAAGAUCCGAGUGGGAGAACAAGGACAGGUCGGGGAUCCCGGCAUGGUGUCCGCCUUCGGUCUGGGACUGGAGGGCGGAGCCACAGGUGUAGCAUCAGAGUUUGUGGUGAACACGUGUAACGCCGGAGCCGGAGCGCUAUCGCUCACCAUCGAUGGACCGUCGAAGGUGAAGAUGGACUGUCAGGAGAGUUCGGACGGGUACAAGGUGUCCUACACCCCUAUGGCUCCUGGGAGCUACCUGAUCUCCAUAAAGUAUGGAGGACCCCAGCACAUCGUAGGCAGCCCCUUUAAAGCCAAAGUCUCUGGACCUCGUCUCUCUGGUGGACACAGUCUGCACGAAACGUCAUCCGUCCUCGUGGAAACCGUCUCCAAGACCUCCUCGAUGGGGGGGCCCUUCGCCUCGUUACCCAAGUUCUCGUCAGACGCCAGUAAGGUCAUUUCCAGAGGCGCCGGACUCUCAAAGGCCUUCGUGGGUCAGAAGAACACGUUCACGGUAGACUGCACCAAAGCCGGUACCAACAUGCUGAUGGUGGGCGUCCACGGGCCCAAGACGCCCUGCGAGGAGGUCUACGUCAAACACAUGGGCAACCGCAUGUACAAUGUGACGUACACGGUUAAAGAGCAGGGCAGCUACAUCCUGAUCCUGAAGUGGGGCGACAACCACGUCCCCGGCAGCCCCUUCCACGUCACCGUCCCCUGAACCCUACCCUGAAGACACAAAGACUGUCCACUUCCUGUUUGAGACGAUAGCUGUCACACUCACCAGUUUUAUAUCUGCUGCAUGAGGAUAUCUUUGAAGCCGCUUGCCUUCGAUCGUCCUGCACUCUGAAGCGUUGACAUGUUGAACAUGAAGCAACCCUGCAGCACGACGUCCUGUCUGAGAAUCGGAACAGCUGACGCUAACUAUGCUAACUAUGCUAACGUGCGCUGACCUUUGAAGGAGUCCGAAAGUUAUCAGAAGAACGUGUUAGCACAAGAUGCUACCUUAAGCACCCAAUUUAUUACAAAAGAUGGACAAUAUUUAACUUUAUAGAAAAGGUUUUAUAAGCUAGUAUGUUGUACAUGCUAAUCAGUAACAAGGUUGUUAGCACAUUUUUGUUAGCACACAACUUUACGAUUCACUCUUCUUUGAAAAAAAUAUCGAUCGAGAUAUUUUAUCAUUGCACAUAUUCACACAAUGAUUAGCAUCAGAUAGCAUCAGUUAGCAUCUCGUUAUUAGUAUUUAGUUGCACAAGUUACCAUCUCGCAAUUACACAAUGCUCUAUAAUCUGUCGGACUUCAGGGGCUAGCUUCAAUGCUAACUCAGGUGUGUCACCUGACCUCCUGUGGGACAGUUUCAGUUUGAGGCGACAAACGAAACCACGGAUCUUUGUCCCGUCAGGAGUCAUUAAAACUGUGUCUGUGAGAGUGUGUAGCUUCAGGAGUGUGUGUUAAACCCAGUGUGUUGUGACAGGAAGUGAUGUCAGAGCGUGCUGUGACUUCAGGUCUUAUUUAUUCUCAGAGCCCCCCCCCCCUCCCAUCUGAUUUUCUUUGACAGAAAAUGGCCUCAUGUUACCGAGGCGGAGGAGGGUCUCCUCUCGGAUGGUUUUGUAUUCAGGAAGUCGUGCGGUGGAGCAGCCGUUGGAUCUCAGGCGCUGGAGACAGGAUAUUACAGAGUGACAUUUUUUAGUGAUUUUGUAUCAGAGUAAACGUUUGAUAUUUUAACCCGACCUGGCGAAAUUGUGCAGGCAUAAUAAAGUUUAUCGCUGACUUGCCACAAAAAAAA